UAAAAAAAAAGACCAGCGGCACCUAUGCCAAAAUAUCUUUUUCAGCGCGUUUUCAAAGUUUUAAGAAUGAGAUAAAUAUUCAAUGAAUUUGGUAAGUAAAAGAUAAUUAAAGCUAAAAGAAGGGCAAACAGAACAGUAAAAGAGAUCAAAAGCAUAUAAAAAAAAAGCUAGCUUUACUCUAUCUGGUUAAGUGACUGUAAAAAAAAAAAAGACACAACAACUUUCAUGAUGACCUCAUGGUUCUUUCUUUUUUUGCAUAAACUGAGACUAUUUUAUGAAAAAAGAGUGAUAAAAGCUUUUGGUAUAAAAAGCAAAAAAGAUAUUUCAAUUUCGUGUGUGUUUUCGCCUUUUUGUUCUUUACCGACUUUUCCUUAUCACUUUCUGUAUUCUUUUCUUUAUUCAUAUCCAAAAAAAAAGUAAGAAAUGAAAGCUACUAAAUAUUUGACCUAUGCUGCCUGCCUUGUUUUGUUGGCUAGCCAAGUGCAAGCUAAAUCAAGUAGAAGAUGUCUCACAGUGGACUCAAGACCAAGUUCAAAGCUAUCUGGACAAGUACAACAUUGCCUAUGAAGGUGAAGAAAGCCCUUUAGAAACAGUCAAGCGUUAUCGUGAUACUGCUUUGGCAAACGCCAACUUUUUCAUGUCCGACAGACAAAGUGCUGUUGCACGUAUCGUGCAAGGUCUUCGUGUCAAGCUUGAAAAGAACUACAAAUUGUCUCAAGCCAACAUUGAUUCCUUAUCUUCAGACCUCACACAUGAAUUGACUCAAUUGUCCUUGAGAGGUCAACUGACCUCGGACAUGGUCAAGCAACGUCUCGAUAAAUACAAGGCCAAGGCUAUCAAACAGAAAUACGUCACAGAUGCUCAGUGGAAGGGUAUUUCCAAUGACGUCCAAGAGGCUUUCAUGGGGAGUCAUCCUGCCUGGUACCAGAAACUCUUGGGUUUGCUCCCUACUACUUCGUCUCAAUUCGGUGAUAAUACCUUCCACACAUGGGUCAAUGACCGUGUGGCCAAGCGUUUGCAGGAAAACAAAGAACUGACCAAGGACCAAAUCAACGCCAUCGUCAAUACCUUACAAAAGGCUCUUUCUUCCUCCACCUCUUCCGCUCAGGACAUGGCCAAGCUGGGUACCGCUGAAUGGUGGAAGCAAGUCUCCAACGAUAUCACGAAACAAGCCAACAUCAAGCAAGACCAAGCGGCCAACGUCAUGGGCUCAUUGAAGGACGAAGUGAAUGCUUACAAGAUCUUUGCGAUGGACUAUGCCACGCAAGCGUCUGAUCAUGCCAACAACAUGUUGGCCGCUGCCACACAGUACUUGAAGAAUGCAGGUAACCAACUCUAUGAACAAAUCGCCCAUCCUCUCAAGGCGCAUCCUGAAAAAGAACGCCAAGUCAAUGAUGCCCUCUACACCGCCUCUUCCGCCGCUGCCUCUGCUACAGGCGCCGCCGGUGCUUCGGCUUCCAGUCUCCAUGCCAAGGCAACCGAUGCUGCUGCCUCCGCUACGGGCGCUGCCGCUGCUUCGGCUUCCAGCUUCCACGCCAAGGCGACCGAUGCCGCUGCCUCCAUGGCCAAUGCUGCCGCUCAAAGUGCCUCUAGCAUCACUUCUCACAUGGGACAAACUGCUUCCAACACAAAAGACACCUUGGGUGCUUACUGGCGUCAAAAGGAAUUAGAAACAUACAAGAAGGUUGGAUAUACACAAGCUCAUAUUGAUUGGAUUGAAAACUAUCUUAGCAAGGCUUUUGCUGAUAAAACACAUAUUGCAAAGACAUCUGUGCAAGAUACUUUGCGUGCGAUCCGUGAUUAUUUGGUGGCUACCAAAGUGCAAACAGCCGCUCAUAUUGAUGCUCAAUUAAAAUCACUUGAAGCCGUCAUUGAGCAUUGGAGACGUACCACUGUUCGUGAUGAAUUGUAAAAAAAAAAACCAACCAAAAAAACUCUUUGAACAAAAGCAUCCAUUUACAUCAUAUUUUCUGAAAAAAACAAAACAGGAGGUGGGGUUGGGGGAAACGUCAUCAUUAAAUCACACAUCUAAUUUACUUUUUUUUUUUUUUCUACUUUCUACAUCUCUAUACUCACCCAGAAUUGUAAAAAUAAACGGAUAUCAUGUAUUUUUCAUAUAGACUGUUGGCUUUA